UAUUAUUUGAUUACAACUUCCGGGAUUUUGCCACAUCAACAUCGAACAUCAACAUGGAAUCUUUGUUCAACGUUCCUUUCCAAUUUCUGGAGUGUCCAAACCUGAAGUUGAAAAAACCGACAUGGGUUCGACAGCCGUCUGCAAUGACAAUGUUUGCGCUUGUGCUUCUGUCUUACUUUCUUGUUACUGGAGGCAUCAUCUAUGACGUGAUUGUUGAGCCACCGAGUAUAGGAUCCACUACAGAUGAAAGAGGAAAUUCUAGACCAGUAGCCUUCAUGCCAUACAGAGUAAAUGGCCAGUAUAUAAUGGAGGGGCUGGCAUCCAGUUUCCUGUUCACCCUUGGUGGGCUGGGCUUUGUUAUACUCGACCAAACAAAUGUGCCGAUUAUGCCGAAACUUAACCGAGUUUUGAUGUUCUGUGUGGGAUUCGCAUCUAUACUUCUCUCAUUCUUCAUGUGUAGAGUCUUUAUGAGAAUGAAAUUGCCUGGCUACCUGCAGGGCUAGGCUAGAAGAUCCUGUGUAGUUCUUUAAUUUAAAUCCAACGAUAAGUCUAUGCAUAAAAUGAAUAAGUGUACUUUUAACUUACUGUUACUACCAAAGGAAUGUAUUGUCUUGCUUAAAAUCUGACAUAGCAAUUGGAAAUCAUUUACACAUUAAAACAAAUAGUGCCAGGUAUAAUUUCAUCAUUUAAGAUACAAAUAAUGUGUGUAAACUUAAAGAAUGAAGUAAGAAACAGUUAAAACUGAAACCAUAUUUGAAUGAGGCAUUGUUACUAGAUUAACUUGAUGUGUCAAAGUAUGUAUGUAUCAUUGUUAGUGAAAUAAAGUAUUUUAUAAUA